UACUCAAAGAGAAGAUGCAUUUUCUUCCACUAUGCAAUUUCCACUAUCAAUAAUUUAAUUUUUUUUUUUCUUCAGCAAGGAAGAACAAUAAGGCUGAUUGUUGCCUUUUGAAGUUUUAUUUUUUUAAAAAAAAAAAACAACAAUUUAGCUUUUUUUUGUUGAUAGGAAGUUUGGAAAGAAACUGAACACUUAUUACACAGACUUUUCAUCUGAGAUACCAAAACGAGUUGAUUUGAUGAGUUCUUUUCACAAAUAGUCACUAAAAAGCUCCAUCAGGUGAGAAGAGUAAUGACAAUCCUUUUCCUUACUAUGGUUAUUUCAUACUUCAGUUGCAUGAAAGCUGCCCCCAUGAAAGAAGCCAGUGUCAGAGGACAGAGUGGCUUGGCUUACCCAGGUCUGCGGACCCAUGGUACUCUGGAGAGCAUAGGUGGGCCUAUGAGCAAUUCAAGAGGUGGUGGACUUCCAUCCUUGACAGAUACCUUUGAACAGGUCAUAGAGGAGCUUUUAGAGGAAGAACAAAACAUACGACAAAGUGAGGAAAAAAAGGACUCAGACUUGUAUUCAUCUAGAGUUAUGUUGAGCAGUCAAGUGCCUUUGGAGCCACCACUUCUUUUUCUUCUAGAGGAGUACAAAAACUACUUGGAUGCUGCAAACAUGUCUAUGAGGGUUCGGCGUCACUCAGACCCUGCUCGACGUGGGGAGCUGAGUGUGUGUGACAGUAUUAGUGAGUGGGUUACUGCCGCAGACAAGAAAACUGCUGUGGACAUGUCAGGUCAAACUGUUACUGUCCUUGAAAAAGUCCCAGUACCCAAAGGCCAACUGAAGCAAUAUUUCUAUGAGACCAAAUGUAACCCUAUGGGUUAUAUGAAGGAAGGAUGCAGAGGCAUAGACAAAAGGUACUGGAAUUCACAGUGCCGAACUACCCAAUCGUAUGUGCGUGCUCUCACCAUGGAUGGCAAAAAAAAAGUUGGCUGGCGAUUUAUAAGAAUAGACACUUCAUGUGUAUGUACAUUGACCAUAAAAAGAGGAAGAUAGUGAAUUUAUGUUGUAUAGAUUAUAUUGAGAAGAAAAUAUCUAUUUGUAUAUAUACACAACAGGGUAAAUUAUUCAGUAAGAAAAAAAAAUAUGGACUGCAUGUAUAAAUGAGGUUUAUACAGUACGGUGGUUCUACAAUCUAUUUAUUGAACAUAUCCAUAAACCUACGGGAAGCGGUCAUCUGUGCACAUUGCUGUCUGUUAUCUGCUAGAGGCGCCAAGGAACCUGUUGCUGUGCAAUACUUCCAUGGCUCCUCCUGCAAAACAUAACUGACAAAAUAGGCCUGCGUUAUUUUCCUCAAUAACAUUGUGGUUUGUAGCUGUUGCCAACAAUUGAAAAAAAGAAAAAAAAAAAAAGUAAAGAUAAAAAAAAACGAGUUGCAUGCUGCUUCAGUUGUGAAUUGAUAAAACUCUGUUCUCUAUCAGACAAAAAUUGAACCAAAACAUUCCGUUUACAUUUUAGACAGUAUCUUCAUUCCUGUUAGUAUUAUAUCUGUUUUACUGCUUUUAACUUCUGAUAGCGUUCAAAUUAAAACAAUGUCAAGGU